AGAGGAUUUUACCAUAAAAAGACCAAAAAUAUUAAAAGAAAAAUCUGAAACCCUAAACGACGAACAAAGUAGAUUCUCUGUGGUGACGACUGAUGCAGUGAAUUCAUUUCAUCUUCUGUUCGGAAACAAUAGGAAAUGCCACCAUUGAGUAUGAGAAAAGAGCCAUCUGGAGCUUUAAAAAGGAAAAAGAGAAAGAAGCUGCAAAAGUUUUUGAAGUCCCAAGCCAAUGCUAUUCUUAAGUUUGUCAAGAAGAAACCCGAAAAUUCGGAAACAGUACUAGUGGAGUCUCGAAAAUGCGACAGUGAAGAAGAUGUUAUUGGUCAGAGUCAGAUCAACGUUGUUCCUGAACACUUUGAUGAGCAAAAACAGGUUCUGAUUCGAGGCGAGGGAAGUGAAGAGAAGAAGACACAUAUAUGUGAAGAUGUUAUUGGUCAGAGCAACGUUGUUCCUGAACAUUUUGAUGAAGGUAAAGACAAUGAUGAGCAAAAACAGGUUCUGAUUCAAGGCGAGGGAAGUGAAGAGAAGAAGAUUCAUAUAAGUGAAGAUGUCUCUGAUCCUGGAAACUGGGGAAACGUUGAUAUGAAGAUGAGAGAUUUAUUGGUGAAAAACGGUCCAACGACAAGGCUAUCGACUGAUUACCAGUUUCCUAAGGAUGGUAUCGGUAGGCAUUUCUCGCAAGCUUUCUACACAAGAGAAUUGGUCAAUGGAGAAAAACAAGAUCGUCGGUGGUUGGUUUAAUCUGAAUCUUUAGGUAAAGUUUUCUGCUUUUGCUGUAAGUUGUUCAGGCCUGAGAAAAAAGGCGGUGGUAACUUGGCAACAACGGGGUACAAUGACUGGAGAAAUCUUUCGACUAGGCUCAAAGAACAUGAAAAUUUUCAUGACCAUUUUCUUUGCAUGACUCAGUGGAAAGAGUUGGAGGUAAGACUACAAAAGAACCAGACAAUUGAUAGAUAAGCUGAUUAAGUUGUAGCUGCCUUGUCUUAGGUGAGUUUGUUUUUGGAAAAUGUGUUUUAUUGGAAACUAUUUAAUGAUGUUUCAGAACAACAUGAUGCAGGAGGUGUUUUUGUUUAUUAGUAUGAUUUGUGGUAUUAGCAAA